CAAGCAUGCGAGAUUUAAUGUGAUCACAGUAACAUGACGUAUUUCUUAAAUGAAUCGGGUGUCUGUCACUAUGGCGGCAAAAUAAAGCAAACUUGUCAUUUGUCAAACAUCAAAAUAUAUUUGUGUUACUGUGUUUUCAUACGUGCUCAGAUAUAUAAAGCUUUUGAUUUUCAGAAAGACGUUAGAAAAUGGGAUUUUUUAUCAAAUAAUGUCGUUACGAAAAAGUAAGAGCAAAGAAGAUACAUGGACAGAGAAAGAUUUGGCCGAUGCAAUACAGGGGAAUACAGCAAAGCAAACAAAAGAUUCUGGAAGAGACUCGCAUUUGCAGAGAACGAAGGAUUCAAAACACAAGGGGACUGAUGAUAUGGAUGGUAGACAUGAAAAAUCAGAGAGAUAUAAAGGCAAAGAUUUAACAGAGAUCAAUGGUACGAGUGGAAGUCUGAGAACAAGGGAGAGAAAAAACAGGAAACAGCCAGAUGAUGGUGAUGGGAGUCAGGAAAGAUUUAAGAAAAAAAUGGAAAAGAGGGAGAAAGAAGAUAUUGGAUAUCAUGAUGAAAGAUUUCAAGAGAAAAAUAGGAAACAUGAAAAGUAUUCUAAAGAAACAAGUGGCCAAAAGGAGAGGAGGCUUAGGGAUGAUGACGAACAUAAUGUAGAAAAUUUUGAUAGACAAAGAUCUAAAGAGAAGCCACAUAAAAGUGAAGAAGAUCAACAUACAUGGAAAAGAGAAAAAGACAAAAGAAAAGAAAGUGGACAAAAACUUGAUGGUGACAAGAAACAUAGAGAUGAAAGAAAGCAUGGUGAUGAAAAGAUAUGUGGUGGAAAUGAAAGGAAAAGAGGCAGCAUGGAGAAGGAUAGUGAAAGGAAUCAUGGAAGUGAUAGGAGGAAGGAUGGUGAAAGAAGACAUGAAAGAUGUGGUGAGGAGGAUGGUGAAGAAAGUAAAGAUAAGAAAGUACUCCAGAAAAAAGGACAAAAGGAAGACAGAAGAGAAAGGAAAAGUUCUAGAGAUGAAGGAAAGGCUACAGUUUCAGAAGAUAUCAAUGAACGACCAUUUGAUGGAGAAGCCAAAGAAAGGAGAAAAAUGGAAUCACACCAUGACAAAGAUAAACGUGAAAAAGAUGACAGUGGAACCGAACAAAGACUGCGAGACAGACACGAUAGUUAUAAAGAUGGAAGAAAAGAUCCCCGUAUCAAUAAGGGUAGCCUAUACGGCAAUGACAUUCGAAGACGAGAGAAGGAUGAAAGAGUUAAAGACAAAAGUGGACAUCGAAGAGAUAUUGAUACAUGGCACGAUCGCAGUGAAGGAAAUGGAAAACACAGAAGUAGGGUGGAUGAAGAGGAACGGAAAAAGGGGAAAAGGAAAAUUUCUGAGGAUGGUAGAGGAAGACAGGAUGAACAUGAAUUGAAUGAAGAUAAAAAAGAAAGACGACGGGAUAAAGAUGAGAAGCAUAAAGAAAAACAAAAAAUUGAUUAUAAUGAACGCGAGAAAACUGAUCAAGACCACAAUCUUGGAUAUGAUGAAGGUGGUAGAAAAAGAAAAGAAAAAAAUAAUCGUGAUUAUGAUCCAGCAAAACAGAAAGAUACAAGAAGUAGGAAUCGUCUUGAAAGUUUGAAAGAUGAUAAAAAAGAAAGAAAAUCAAGCGUGCAAGAUCAGAUUAGCAACGACACUUUAGCAAACGAAAAUGCGACUGAAGUUGAUGAAGACAUUCAAAAUGAAGACAGUAAUGAAAAUUAUGAGGAUGACUUUGAGGAUUAUGAAGAUGAUUUUGAAGAUGAUGAUGAAGAUGUUGACAUUGAUGAUGAUCAAAGCGAAAACAAGGAAGUUAAAGGAAAACUUUUAGAGAUUUUUGAAGCUAUCAAUGCUGAAAACAACGACAUAAGAUCUGUACGAAAAAAGAUGUUAAGAUAA